UUCUCGCCUGUUCCAGUACUUUAAUUUUACAGUAUUCACUGUUAACUGACAACUGAAUAUAUAACUGAAAGGUGCACAAUAUGUUUAUGGAUAGAGCGGCGAUUCCGUGUCCUUGUUGUUCAAUAAAUUACAUUUAAACUUUACAGAACUCAUAGUUAAAAUAUGGAGGGUGAGUAGUUUUAUAAUUAGGACAAAGUAUUUUGAACUUGCGCCAAUCAUUCCACUUCACGCGCAUUUAUACACUUAUAGUUCGGUCAUUGAUUUGAACUUGUAUUUUUAGUUACUUCUUACAAGGGUUUCUUCGUCUUUUGUGACAAUUCUAAUCGUGUUUCAAAAUAAAUAGCAGCGCAUGGGUGAGAACAAUGUAAAUUGUGCUCAGACCCCUCAGUUGUAGGUAGCGAGGAGCGAGGACUAACCAAUGGAGUGAAGGAGGUUUGGCUAACCUUAGCCUCCCAUUUUCUCUCUCCCCCCUCGAAGCAGGGGUCUGACCAGUCAGUCGCCUUUGAUUAUCAGUUGCAAGCAGCCCCUCUCUUGGCUCCUUGACAUGAACACCAUAUAAGGCUCAGCGAUCUCCAUAGAAACGUGUCAGUUUCAAUAGCAGUGUCAAAGUUCACUAUAUACCGACAUUUGCACAGAUCUCCGUUUCGGAAACAUAGCUUCACUGGUACUCCAGUUAAAGCGCAUUCUUUUUGGGUCUUUGCUUCUUACAUAUUUCAUAAGAUGUUUUUCUGCUCUGUUCUCACUGGAGAGGUGAAACUACAUAGGCACUCGGUCGACGCUGUUUUUAUUUUUUAUUUUGCAGUACCAGAUGAGCUAUAUUCGUGAACAUUGAUAGAGAAAUUCCUUCUUCGGUGUUUCCUCUUUUCCAGUCGCGAAGACGGAGAGAGUAGCAAGGAAGAUAAAGGAUGAGAAUUUAUUUUGCACAACACUUAGGAUCUUCGGUCCACCAAAAAGCUAUUAUUUUUGCUUCAGUAUCAAUUUGAUUUUUAUUGCGGCAUUUUUAAUAAAAGUGUUUUACGCGUGGGAUCGCUUUCCGAAUGGCUGGCUGCAAUUUACCGUGGAACUGGCCUCCCGGCAAUUGCAUAUACUGAUCGGGUGCCAUUCUGUCGACUUUUGUAUUUUGAAUGUAUUGAUUGUUUUCUGCUACUUCUUCUUCUAUGAAAUGUAGUGUUUCGAUUCGACUUCGCGCUGCCGUUCGCCUUAGACUUCCGUUUUCCCUGGUCCUAUAUCCGAGCGACCAGUUCGCUUGAAACCACUUUUCGGGCCCGAGAUAUGGCAAUGGUAGUUAGCGUUUGGCGAGAUCCGCAGGAAGACGUUGCCGGAGGACCUCCGAGGAGCCCCAAUCCAGCAGCUCAGCCGGCGAAGGAGCAACAGCAGGCGGGGUCUGCAGCACCACACACUCCGCAGACCCCUAGUCAACCAGGACCCCCGUCCACACCGGGAACGGCUGGUGACAAGGGUAGUCAGAAUUCUGGACAGAGUCAGCAGCAUAUAGAAUGUGUUGUUUGCGGGGACAAAUCGAGUGGCAAGCACUAUGGACAAUUCACCUGCGAAGGAUGCAAAAGUUUUUUCAAAAGGAGUGUCCGAAGGAACUUAACAUAUACAUGUCGUGCCAACAGGAACUGUCCUAUUGACCAGCACCAUCGUAAUCAAUGCCAGUAUUGUCGGCUUAAAAAGUGUUUAAAAGUCGGCAUGCGGCGGGAAGCGGUUCAGCGAGGAAGAAUGCCUCCAACCCAACCGAACCCGGGCCAGUAUGCGCUAACAAAUGGGGAUCCUUUGAACGGUCAUUGCUAUCUCUCAGGAUACAUCUCGUUACUACUUCGGGCCGAGCCUUAUCCUACGUCUCGCUAUGGCAGCCAAUGCAUGCAGCCGAAUAAUAUUAUGGGGAUCGAGAACAUAUGUGAGCUUGCAGCUCGCCUCCUCUUCAGUGCUGUAGAAUGGGCCAGGAACAUCCCUUUCUUUCCCGACCUGCAGAUAACCGACCAGGUUUCCCUGCUCAGACUGACAUGGAGCGAGCUAUUUGUGUUAAACGCGGCACAGUGUUCAAUGCCCCUACAUGUGGCCCCAUUGCUCGCCGCUGCCGGCCUGCAUGCUUCGCCUAUGUCGGCCGACCGUGUCGUGGCCUUCAUGGAUCACAUUCGUAUCUUCCAGGAACAGGUCGAGAAGCUUAAAGCUCUGCACGUCGAUUCUGCAGAAUACAGCUGCAUUAAGGCAAUAGUCCUCUUCACAUCAGAUGCUUGCGGGCUGUCAGAUGCUGCACACAUUGAGAGCCUACAGGAGAAAUCUCAGUGCGCCCUUGAGGAGUACGUUAGGAGCCAGUACCCAAACCAGCCCAGUCGCUUUGGCAAGCUUUUACUGCGGCUGCCUUCUCUUCGCACCGUAUCUUCUUCUGUAAUUGAACAGCUGUUCUUCGUUCGCUUGGUAGGUAAAACUCCCAUUGAAACCCUCAUCAGGGAUAUGUUAUUAUCCGGGAGCAGCUUCAACUGGCCCUACAUGUCCAUUCAAUGAUCCGAAUGAGCAAAUGAAACAAAAAGACUAAAGGACCAACAUUCUGCGACCCCCUUCAAGACGACUAUAUAUAGGACCUAAUUUUUGACCACCCAGGAAAGCACUUUUCUGUCUUCUGAGACCGAAAUGGAAUAUGUAAUGUACAGAGAUAAAAGAACUGGACUUU